AUGGCAAUUACUCAACAGGUGAUUUAUUCGUUUUCCGUUAUCCUAGCUCAAGAAGAACCACCGCCCGAUGAGGCGGUUCCAGAGAAUGGCGCAGCCGAGGAAGCCGUACCGGAAGUGGAAGUUGAGCCGGAGCCAGCAGCAGAAAGUCCACCAGCCGCGGAUCAACCUCUAGAACAACCAGAAACGCCCGUAGUUGUCGAAGAAGCUGCAGAGGUAGUGUCGAAAGAACCGGAUUCAGUCGAGGGAGCUGUUGCUCCAGAAAUUGCGGUCGACGAAGCUGCCGGAGAAUCCGGAGCGGAAUAUCUGGACGACGAUGGCGAAGAGCAUGAUGGCGACGAUUCUCAGGGUCAUCAUGAAAGCGAAGAAGAGGAAGAACCCGAGGAGGAAAUAUCCGAAGAAGAUCUUCUGCAGCGUCGGCGGGAGGAAUGCGAGCGGAAGGCUCGCCGAGGCGAGAUGGACCCGCGGCUGGAGUUCACCUUCCAGCUGCUGAUGGACGCCACCGGAUUGCCCCGGCAUCAGAUCAUGGAUCACAUCUUCGAGGGGAAUAUGCUGGACGAGAUCAACCAGCUGUUCCUGCCGAACAUGCGCAACAAGCUGAUGUGGUUCUACCAGGAGGUGGACGAGGUGGAGCAACCCUCGGAGCGGGACCUGGCCAAGCCGGGGCCCUCCCGAGCUGGAGCAUCGAGUUCCUCCAAGACACCGCAGGGUGCUUCCGGCGGGGCUCUGCACAAGCAGCACAAACUCUUCAUCAGCGAUGGCUGGAGCUGCUCGUUCACCGGCAUCGGCAUCUACAUGUUCCGCAUCAACAUCCAGAAGCAGCUGCCGGAGGAAGGCUUCCACAAGGAUUUGUACUGCGGCUACAUCGACGCCAAGCGCGUCGGCCUAGUGACGUCGAUCGAGCGCAUCGUCGAGUACGUAUUCAUGCAGGCAUUGGCUUAUCCCAACAUCGAAUCCGAAGAUGAAGAGAUGAGCUGCAAUCUGGUGAAAUCGCAACUGCUGCCCGGAUUGCGCUCGUUUUGCAGCGCCCUGCGCGUCUGCGAGCAGGUCUGCAAUCAUUUUAACGUGUUUGAUGAUGGGAAGACAAUCGUCUGCCGGGUGGACACUUUGGCCGAGGUGCGGGAGAUGUCCAAAAGCGCCACGGUAUGCGCGGAGUUGGAGGAACGCGUGGGAAACUGGAUCAAGGGCAUCGCGAAGAUUCUGAUGGAAAGCGAACAGCUGAGGAGAGAGAACGAUUCAAGUGGACCGCAGGACGAGCUAGAGUACUGGAAGCGUCGCGGGGCUCAGUUCUCGCAACUGCUGUCCCAUCUACAGGAACGCGAAGUUCAAUGGACGUUGUAUUGUUUGUCGCAAGCGGGCUCAAAGGUGUUGAAGCAAUGGAAGGAAACUGAUAAAAAGAUCACAUUCUGCUACAACGAGGCGCGAGACAACUCCAAGUUUAUCCAGGCGAUGGAGGCCUGCUGUCAUUCGCUUUACCUGGAUGAUCCGGUCAACAUGAAGGAGUCCAUCGUUAGUCUGCUCCAGACGGUGCGUCUGAUCUACAGUGUAUCGCAAUUCUACAACACCUCUGAGCGUACGUCCACUCUGAUGGUGAAGAUCACCAAUCAGAUGAUUGAAACUUGCAAGUCCUACAUCACAUCACGCGGCAAGGAAACGAUCUGGACCCAGGAUCGGGAUCUGGUUCGCACCAAGCUGACUAACUGUUUGAAACUGAAUCACAUUUACAGAGAAACAUAUCGAGCGGUCAAAUCGCAACCUUUUCUACCGGAUCAAAUUCCGUUCGCAUUUUCGGAAAACUACGUUUUCGGAAAGUUUGACACCUUCUGCGAUCGGUUGUCAAAAAUUAUUUCGAUGUUCAACCUGAUUGACGACUACAACCACCUGUUCGAGCGUCGCUUGGAAGGACUUUUGCUAGGCGAAUCCCUAGAAGACGCCAUCAACACCUUCGACGAGGCACGCGUCGAAAUCAUUAUGAAAAAAUAUGACUACCUGGAUCAUCGUAACUCAGAGUUCAACAACGACUUUCAAGUGUUUAUGCAGAAAACUGACACCCUAAGGGAAACGAUCGCUUCCAUGAUCGAACACAACUUCGACAGUGUCUGGGAAACCCCUCAAGGAAUUCGGUUCCUGGUUCGGUUCGAGAAAGUGAGCGAAAAAAUCCCUCUGAGUACGAUGGACGAAAAAUACCAGCGAGUGUCGAAGUACUGUGAGAAGGAGAUCGAUCGGAUCCUGAAACUGUUCCGCAAACAGAGGGACGAUCCUCCCCUGCCACGUAACUUCCCCCCGAUUGCCGGUCGCAUCAAGUGGUGCCGCUCGCUGGAAAGCCACCUCACGGAGCUGGUCACAACUGUAACCACCCAUCCGGUUCUGGCCGCACUUCCGUCCACCAAGGACAUCGAGAAUCGGUACAGCUCGGCCAAGGUCAUACUGGCCGAGUACGAACAGGAGAUGGUGCAAAUUUGGCUCAGCCAGGAUGUGGGCGUGGCCGAUGCGUGUCUCGUGCAGCCGAUCCUGGCGCUGCAGGGUGAUCGGUUGGUGGUCAACCUGCACCCGACCAUUCCGUUGCUGAUUCGGGAGAGCAAGUGUAUGGCGAAGAUGAAGAUCGAUAUACCGAUCGUGGCGGCGACGUUGCUGUGCAAGCAGAAUCACUUCAACACCAUACAGGAUUCGAUUAACAGUCUUAUCAAAAUGUUUCUCAAUACCAUCAAGAAGGUAAAGCUGGAGGUGCGCCCUCUUCUGCUACCGCAGCUGGUCCGUCUGACGGCCAUGCUCAAACCGGGCCUGAAGCACAUUAACUGGACCAGCCUGAAGUGGAUGGAGUUCUAUGACAAUUGUAAGGAAGCCAUCGAAACGUUCGAUGUGUUGGUUGCUCGAGUUCACGACAUCUACUCGAACCGAAUUCUUCAUGUGCUAACGUCGAUGCAGGAUAUCCAGCUGCAAUCGCUCCCGCCGGACGACGAAAUGUGGACGGUGGACGAUUUCCUGGACAACACGGAAGAAACCUGCCGCAUGGCGGCUAUCGAGCUGAAUCGAAAAAGUCAAAUGGUGGAGGAAGCCGUCGAGGAAGUACUGGACCUGGUACAUCGAGCUUCGCAGGUGUUCAAACGUAUGGUGGGGGCAGAAAACGAUUUCUUCGUCGACGAAGACAAGAAACCGUCGGAGAAAUCGACCCCGACUCCGGAAGCCGAGAACGACGAUGGCAAUGGCCAACAGCAGGACUGGAGCAUCCUUUGGUCCUGCUUCGAAAAUCCAUUGCAGCUUCUUUCUCACCACGGUGGAGGUUUGCCGAAAGGGAUGCAAGAUAUGGUGUUUAAUGCGGUAUCGGAAAUGCGCCGAUACUACAGCCGGAAGGUGAUCGAUGUCCUCAUCCGCGUCACCCGCACUUCGUUGGACUGCUUGAGGCGGCGGUUCUCCGAAGGUGAGGGUGAAGAGAUGCCACGAAAGCCUAUCUUCAUCCUACAAUCCCUACUAAUGAUACCAAAUGUGACGAUCCGGCCGAACCUGGAGGAGUUGCAGGAAGCUUUGACGAUUGCCGGUAAGCAGAUCACUGGCGUCUCGAAGGGCGUGGCCCAGUGGAACACCGGCAAGGAAAUUGACGAAAAGCCAAGGCCUUCGGCAGCAGCUCUUGCUUCGGCGGCUACAGCUGCCAAACUGGCCAAGGCCAAUGCGGCUGCCCUGGAUAGCAAAUCGCGGCGUCGCAAAAUGUACCGGUUGCAGUCCGAGGAAAAGCCCCGGAUAGUACACAUGACCAAGAGCUUCUACAGCUACGUCAUGGAUAACAAGGAGGUCGUCAAAACCCUCUCUCUGCUCUCAAGCUGUAUUCGUAACAUGAAACCGGAGCUGCAAAGCUUCAUCAACAAGUGGAAACCGUACCACUUCCUGUGGAAGAACGAUAAAACCAUCCGGCAGCUGCUCGAGAACUCGCUACUGGACUUUGAGAGUACUCUGCGCCACUUGGUUGAUCUCGAUUCCAACCUGCUGGUCGAGCCCGAUAUGCAAUUCUUCGGUCAAAGCAUUGCUUUGUCUACCGAAAAACUCAAAUUCGGUUUGACUAUCGAAAUCAAGUCAUGCAUUCACAAGCUCGGGCAGGCGAUGAAGAAGAAGUACAAACGGGAGAUGGAUUACGUCUAUGCGGUGAUCAACGAGAUGGAUCGCAAACUGGAUCGACAGAUCCGCGAUCUGGACGAUGUCCGUACCAUCAUGGACACCCUGUGCAAAAUCCGUGAGCAAGAGGUCGACAUGGAGCUCAAAAUCGAGCCCAUCGAGGAGGCCUUCAACAUGAUGCACAAGUACGAAAUCCCCGUGGACCGAGAGCAGAUGGACCAGGUGGACAAUCUGCGCUACACUUGGGUUCGGCUGCAGUCGCGUGCCAAGGAGGUGCACUGCAGGCUGCUUGAGAUGCAACCGGAUUUCCAAAGCGAUCUGCGCUCCAACCUGGAGAAGUUCAAGCAGGACAAGAUCGACUACGUCACCGAGUACCGGGCGGCCGGGCCGAUGCAACCCGGCCUCACGCCCCGGGAAGCGUCCGACAAGUUGUUGCUCUUCCAGAACCGAUUCGAUGGAAUGUGGAGAAAGCUCCAGACCUAUCAGAGUGGCGAGGAGUUGUUUGGUUUGCCUCAAUCAGACUACCCUGAACUUGGCCAGAUCAAGAAGGAGCUGAACUUGCUACAGAAGUUGUACAAGCUUUACAACGAUGUCAUUGAUCGGGUCAGCAGCUACUAUGAUAUUCCGUGGAGCGACGUCGACAUCGAAGAGAUCAACAACGAACUGAUGGAGUUCCAGAAUCGCUGCCGUAAGCUACCGAAGGGGCUGAAGGAGUGGCCCGCCUUUUACGCACUCAAACGGACAAUUGAUGACUUCAAUGACAUGUGUCCAUUGCUCGAGCUCAUGGCAAACAGAGCGAUGAAACCACGUCAUUGGCAGAGAAUCAUGGAGGUAACAAAGUACACCUUCGAGUUUGAUAGCGAAGGCUUUACGCUGAAGCACAUUCUGGAAGCACCCUUGCUUAAGCACAAAGAGGACAUCGAGGAUAUUUGUAUUUCGGCAAUGAAAGAAAAGGACAUAGAAGCGAAACUGAAACAAGUUACCAACGAAUGGUCAGCACAUGAGCUGAGCUUUAUGACAUUCAACAACCGGGGUGAAUUGCUACUGCGGGGCGAUACGACUGCAGAAACCAUCGGCCAGUUGGAGGACAGCCUGAUGGUGUUGAGUUCCCUGCUGUCGAAUCGUUAUAACGCACCAUUCCGCAAGCAGAUCCAGCAGUGGGUCUAUGAUUUAUCUAACUCGAACGACAUCUUGGAGCGAUGGCUUCUGGUACAGAACAUGUGGGUAUAUCUGGAGGCCGUAUUUGUCGGUGGCGACAUUGCGAAGCAGCUUCCGAAGGAGGCUAAACGGUUCUCUAAGAUCGAUAAGUCAUGGCAGAAGAUAAUGCAACGUGCCCACGAGACCCCUGGUGUGGUCGCCUGUUGUGUUGGUGAUGAUUUGUUGAAGCAGCUGCUGCCACAUUUGCAGGAGCAGCUAGAGCUGUGCCAGAAGUCCCUCAGUGGGUACUUGGAGAAGAAACGGAUGAUGUUCCCGAGGUUCUUCUUCGUAUCGGAUCCGGCUUUGCUGGAAAUUCUCGGACAAGCGUCCGACUCACACACGAUCCAGAAUCACCUGCUGUCGAUCUUCGACAAUACGCGCUACGUGAAGUUCCACGACAUCGAGUACAACAAGAUGAUGGCGAUCAUUUCCUCCGAAGGCGAGACGAUACCGUUGGACCGGGCCAUUCGGGCGGAAGGUUCCGUCGAGACGUGGCUAACUUCGUUGCUACAGUCGAUGCAGCAGUCACUUCAUGCCAUCAUUCGUCAGGCGUACCAUUUGAUGAAUGAUCCCAACUUUACCUUGUUGUCAUUCCUGGAGAAACUACCUGCGCAGGUCGGUUUGCUGGGUAUUCAAAUGAUCUGGACCCGGGACGCGGAGAUGGCACUGAUGCAGGCCCGCCAUGAGAAGAAAGUGAUGUCCGAAACGAAUAAUAAGUUCUUGGAGCUGUUGAACACUUUGAUCGAUCAGACCACGAGGGAUCUGACGAAGAUCGAGCGGACCAAGUUUGAGACAUUGAUCACAAUUCACGUACAUCAGCGAGAUAUUUUCGAUAUCAUGUGCCGUAUGAACAUUCGAUCGGUGAACGAUUUCGAGUGGUUGAAACAGUGUAGAUUCUACUUCAAGGAAGAUAUCGACAAAACCUGGAUCAAUAUAACUGAUGUGACUUUUAUCUACCAGAAUGAGUACUUGGGAUGUACGGAUAGGUUGGUGAUCACCCCGCUGACAGAUCGAUGCUACAUAACGUUGGCACAGGCACUCGCCCUCAGUAUGGGUGGAAGUCCUUGCGGGCCUGCUGGAACGGGAAAAACCGAAACAGUCAAAGAUAUGGGAAAGACGUUGGCCAAGUAUGUGGUCGUAUUCAAUUGUUCCGAUCAGAUGGACUACCGAGGUUUGGGUCGAAUCUACAAGGGACUGGCCCAGUCCGGAUCGUGGGGCUGUUUCGAUGAGUUCAAUCGUAUUGAGUUGCCGGUGUUGUCGGUUGCCGCUCAACAGGUAGCCGUCAUUUUGACGGCACGCAAAGAGAAAAAGAAACGAUUCAUCUUCACCGAUGGUGAUGACAUUGAGAUGAACAUGGAAUUCGGUGUGUUUAUUACCAUGAAUCCCGGCUAUGCCGGACGUAAAGAGUUACCGGAAAAUCUGAAGAUUCAAUUCCGUACAGUGGCCAUGAUGGUCCCCGACAGACAGAUCAUUAUCCGCGUCAAGUUAGCUUCGUGUGGUUUCUUGGAGAACAUAACUCUGGCGCGUAAGUUCUACACCCUGUACAAACUUUGCGAAGAACAGCUAACGAAACAGGUUCAUUAUGACUUCGGUCUACGCAACAUUCUCUCUGUCUUAAGGACGCUAGGAGCGGCUAAGCGUGUCAACAACAAAGACAGCGAAAGCACCAUCGUAAUGCGUGUGCUACGUGACAUGAACCUUUCCAAAUUGAUAGACGAAGAUGAGCCCCUAUUUAUGUCCCUAGUAUCGGAUUUGUUCCCCAAUCAAACGCUAGAGAAAACAAGCUACGGUGAGCUCGAGGGAGCCAUCGCCAACCAGGUGGAACAAGCCGGGCUCAUCUCGCAUCCACCCUGGAUACUGAAACUAAUUCAGCUCUACGAAACGCAGCAAGUUCGCCAUGGAAUAAUGACUCUGGGUCCUCCGGGAGCCGGAAAAACGUGUUGUAUUCGUAUUCUGAUGAAGUCCCUCACCGAUAUCGGGCUGCUGCACAAGGAGAUGCGCAUGAAUCCGAAAGCCAUUACGGCGGCGCAGAUGUUUGGCCGACUGGACGUGGCCACCAACGAUUGGACCGACGGAAUUUUCUCCGCCCUUUGGAGGAAGACGCUCAAGGCGAAGAAGGGUGAAAAUACCUGGCUGGUCCUCGAUGGACCCGUCGACAGUAUCUGGAUCGAGAACCUAAACUCAGUACUCGAUGACAACAAGACGCUAACCCUUGCCAACGGCGAUCGACUGCCGAUGGCCCCGACCUGUAAGAUCAUAUUCGAACCUCACAACAUCGAUAACGCAUCACCGGCAACCGUUUCCCGUAACGGGAUGGUCUACAUGAGUUCGUCCGGAUUGGAUUGGAAGCCCAGUAAGUGGAAAACCCACCACCAUGGUUGUUUGUCAGAGUUCAACGCCGAACGCCACAGAAGAGCGAAUGAACGGGAAGCGGAAGCGAAAUUCAUGUGAACCUUAUGCAUGGGUAAUUUGAC